CCAUUCAAAGCGAAACUGCCAGUCGCUAGCCAACCGCCGCGCGGGCCACACGUCAGCUCCCGGCGUUCAAACACACGCUCGCAAAACCAUAACAAAAACACACUCUAACAUGCAUUUGAAUUUAGAACUAUAGAACCCGUAUUCCCAAUUCGAAUCUGUUUAAACAGCUGUCAAAAUUUUGAGGUUAUUUAUGUACCAAACUUUUUUGUGUAGUGCAGUGAUGUGAAUGUGUCCGAUUUUGUAAAUACAGUGAAGAGUGCACAGUGUUCAUAAACGUAAAACUUUUAGAAAAUAAACAAAAUGGCAGCUUUUAAGUUUUUAAUCUGUCUGUGCUUCGUGCAAGCAGCUUUGGCUAAAGGGUCCAGAUCGAAGGUGGAAUGUACUCCCGAAGUGAUGAAGGUCACCAUUCCGAUGGACGGAGACAGGAGCAUCACAUACCUGGAACAACUUAAAGAUUACAAGCCAUGUCAGCCAGAAAUGGACGGCAACACAGCCAUGUUCGUUCUGGACCUGCAAGAUCCUCACCGCUGUGCCGUCAUGAGAGUGCUGGAGACCAACACUGGCAAGCGCAGUUUCUACAGCACGAUCGUGAUAGAGAACUCUGUGGGUGAGGUGGAGACGGUGCGCGCGCGCUGCGUGCUGGAGGGGAGGCUGCGCGCGCUCAGCAAGCGCGACGUGCCGCCCUUCCCGCUAGACUUCAAUGAGCCUGAUGUCCUGAACAUCACGCGGUACGAAGAAGGAAAAGCCCCUGAACCAGUUCUUGGAGCCAUCGUCAAGCAGAAUGGCAAACAGGUAUCAGGCGAGAUCUCAGUGACCCCCGGCACGCCGCUGACGAUGGAAAUAUUCCUGAACGACAAGUCAGCGCCGAUCUACGGUCUACUGGUGAACUACAUGCACGUCACCGAUACUGGGAAACAACAGGAGACUAUCAUAUUAAACGGCUGCUCAGUAGACACAUACCUGUUCGAGAACUUCGUGACUGCUGACGGUGACACGCUGACGGCUAAGUUCAAGGCGUUCAAGUUCCCCGACACCACGUACGUGCAGUUCAAGGGUACUGUCACCGUGUGCCUCGAUAAGUGUCAAGGGGUACAAUGCAGUAACGGUCAGAUAGCGUACGGGCGCAGACGGCGCUCCAUCAGCGCGGGCGCAGACAGCAACAAGGUGUACGAGGUCUCGCUUACUACCUUCAUUAAGGUCGACUUUGAGGACGGACAGAGGGAAGCAGAAGACGUACUAGCUCUAUUGAAGAACUUGAAAGUAGCGAACCAGCGCCUAGGAGACAUGGACGGCACCCCAGCGACGGUUGCCGAGCAGACAUCCAAAAACGUUCUCAUUUACGAACAAGAAACAUUUACUGAAAGCAAAGCUAGUUACCUAACUAGCAGUCUAGUAAUCUUAGUUAGUUUGCUUCUUUUGUUCAAGUAAAAAACCUUUAAAAAUAUGGCAAAAUAAAUACCUAAAAGUUACGAAAUUUUUCAACUGGCAUUCUUCUAUUUUAAAAGAUUGACAGUCGAUGCUAGCGCCAUUAGUUGCAGCGAAUUUUGGAACUAAAUUCAAUUUGAUUAGACUUUUUUAUAUCUUAUUUACAAAUUCAUACAAAUGUUGUUUUAAAGUACAUAAAAACUUAAUAUUUUUGCCCAAAAACUUAUAAAAUCAAGUACAUAUUAAUUAACAAAUUAAUUGUUUUAUUAAUAACACAAGGGAACAAGAUUUUUGUUGCAUGAAAUAUUACGACCAAUAUUGUAUAUUUUUGGGCUACUAAUUAAAGAUCAGAAGUUAGAAUUUCUGUAUCAGCUUUAGUUUUUGAGAUAUCAACAAAACGUUAUUUUCAAGAAAAACACAAUUUUAUUAACAAAAAGCAGCAGAAGAACAACAAUUAAGCAUCAAAAAACUUUAUUUUAUAAGAUUUUCUAGCUUGAUUCGGUUCACUAGGGCUGUCUUUAAUGCUGCAACAGUAGUUCGCCAUCAUGUUGGCAUUCCAAUGACCCUGGGACCGCUUUUCCAUAGUCCGAAUAUCUUGAUGGAACCGUUCGCCUUGUUCCUCACUGAGGUCACGUAGAUUUUCAGGGAAAUGGUCAAAAUGGCUAAGGAGGAAGUAUAUCUUGAUGCUCAUAUUACAACCAAGCCGACAAUAUCUGUUCCAAGUGAUUCAAAUAAGCUUUCAUCCUUUUUGUUUGAUAGAAAAUUUUGUGCAAUCCAAACGAAUUUGCUUCAGGCAUUUUUUUCGAUAUCGGUCAUGUAAUUAUGAAACUUACACUUACAUCAACCACCUUAUUUGUGGACCAUCAGAAAUUCCGGCUUUUUGUUUCUCUAUACUCAAAUUAUGGGACUUUUUAGAUAUGUAUUGAGCAUUUUUGUUCAGAGCUUUUACAAAUUGUUUCAUGAGCCCAAGUUUGAUGUGCAAAGGUGGUAGUACCUUUAUUAUGGUAAAGUAGUAGAUAACAAGUUAGGGUAAAUCCAUUUGGACCGUUUUUUUUUGUUAAUACUGUUCAUAUCAACCACGCAGAAAAACUACCUAAUGAUUCGAGGGUUCUCGCCAGAUCAUCGGUGUUUGUUACUUGAAAUGGGGUCUUUUCUUAUUUUUCUAUAACCUUAAAGACUCGACGCAUGUUUUACAUACCAUUUAAGACACCCUGUAGGUACCUGUCGCAGGUGUCCAAAGAAAAUUCAAAGAACUCAAAGUACACCCGUUUCAAGAACUCCGACACGCUUAGUCUACAAACUUUAAAUGUAUAUUCACCACAAAUAUUACAGAAAUAGUCAGUAUCAUU